GUUGAAGAGACGCCUAAAAUUUAGCAAUCUAUGCUGACCUGUUUUUCUAUCACUUGGUCUAUUUACCCGUUAAAUCUCGACCCUUCUGUUCAAAACACCCUACAAAAAAAAAGUUGUUCGGGCCUUUUAUUUUAGGUGUGAGAAUAACCUCGGAGAAAUACAAAGGGUAAAGAGUUAAAUUGUAGGUUUUCCAAACUGUAACGUGAGAGAAAGAAAGACGAGUCUAUUUAAACUAGUUAUUCCUUUCCUGUUUGUUUUAUUUUUUGUUUUGUUUUAUUUUUCUAUAACAAUAUAUCAAUGGCACCACUUCCUAAAUCAAUUAUCGACUCUCAUGUUCAUUUUUGGCAACCAGACAAGGUGAAUGUUCCUUGGGUGAAAAACAGUCAAUUUGAUAAGCGUAAAGACGCUGUUGAUUAUGCUGAACAAGUGAAACUGGCCCGAGUGAAACAAGCAGUGUAUGUAGAAACUGAUGUGGAUGUGUUCCAUAAGCUGGUGGAAGCAGAAUGGAUCUACAAGUAUUCACAAGAGAUCCAGACCAAUGACAGUUUUGGAGGAAUUGGCGGUAUUGUUGCAUUUGCACCUGUCCAACAAGGAGAUCAUGUUGUAGGGUAUUUGCGUACACUAGUGCGUGUGACAGGCGGUGCGGAUAGCAUCUUAAAGGGGGUGCGAUGCCUUUUACAAGACCCAAACUUAGAUCCCGCUCGAGUCCUGGAGCCAGACUUUAUCCGUGGUAUUCAAUGUCUAGAAUCGUUUAAACUGAGCUUUGAUAUCUGCAUCGAUUGCAGGAGUUCACCUCAACAAUUUCCACCCAUACAGAAAAUGGUUGUACAAUGUCCUCGUGUUCAAUUUAUUCUUGACCACAUGGGUAAGCCUCCUUGCGAUAGCCAACCGGGAGAUACUGAAUUUGAAUUCUGGAAACAACAAAUGACUCAAUUAUCUAGUAAUCCAAACGUCUCCUGUAAAAUAUCAGGUUUAGUAACUGAAUUUAAUGAUAGUCAUCAUGACGAAAAGUCUGACGUCGUACGUAAAUUGAAACCGUUUAUUCAAGUUGCGCUAGAGACCUUUGGGAUCGACAGACUCAUGUAUGGCGGCGAUUGGCCCGUGUCCGAAGCCGCAAAUACGACAUGGCAAUCUUGGCUAGAAAUCAUUUCCGAAUUAGUAAAUCAUUGGUCAGAAGACGAUAAAGAAAAACUGUUUGUUACAAAUGCCACUCGUAUUUAUAAAUUAUUGAAUCAUACAAAGUAGAAAUGGGCUCAUGGCUUAUUAUAUCCCCGACACAUUUUUUUUUUUUUUUUACUUUAAAAAUAAAAUCAAAAGUCGAACCUGUCGCAGUUCAUUUAUCAUCACUUU